AUGAGCAAUCCACAGAUCACUCAGUGCCUUAAAGAUGUACUACCUACCCAUUCAGGGCCCUUUCCUUCCCAAUUGGUUUCAUAUGUCGACUCCCUCUACAGUCUAAGUAUACAGAAGAUUCCCUCACUUCCAUAUAGGGCAGAUGUAGCACGGUACCAUUUAUGUGCUUACCUUGGCGCUUUGCGUUGUCAGCAGAGGUUUUCACUUCCUGAGCCUCUGCCUCAGAGGAUUCCCGUACAGCCAAAGUUGUUGGAAAAGCUAUUGGACGAUAUAGAGGAUAAGGUGGUAGCUGCAACACGUUCUCCUAGCAGUACACCUACGAAGAAACGUGUCAUGAGUCCGGCAAUGCUGCCGCUGCCAUCUAAGAAGAACAGUGUACCUAAAAUUUCUAGUCCUUUGAAGAAAUUGCAGUCGUUGAAGGAAGAUAAGUCUCCGAAGGGUAAUAAUGCUUUUGAGAUGGAGUCUCCAUUUAACCCGAGCAAAAAGCUUUCAAACGAAGAAUCUCCAUUUAAUACUCCUACGAAACGUAAACUCGAAGAGGCUAGUGGAACCCCGAAACUGCCAAAGACUCCUAGAACUCCAAAAACGCAGAAAUCUGCAGCUGCUUCUCCAGGAACACCGCGUUACAUUCGCCAGCUUACUGUUGCAGAUAUUGUAUCUUUUGCAAACAACUUUUACAUUCCUGCCCAAGUUACUCCUCAGCUUGUGGAGAGUUUUAUGGCCCAAAGACACAAAUUUUUAAAGAAGAACGAAUGGCUUCUAGCGUGUGGGCUUGUUCACGCUGCAUACAUAAGAAUCAACAGUAAACUUUUGGAAAGGACUAUUGGAAAGAAGACGGAGCUUCAGGAUCAGCUUUUCCAGUACCAAAAGGGAGGACUUAUGAAGAUGAAUAUGAUUAUGUGGAUCAACAUUAUCGAAGAGUCUGUCAAAUCUGAACCUUGGAUUGUGGAUUUGGAGUUGAAGUAUGUGCACAAUAACUGGUCAUCCGAAGAUAACUCGAAGGCCCGUGAGGUGGAAGGAAAGCUAGGAAAAGGCUACGAGCUUCUUGAGCUGUUUGGAUCGAUGAUAAACCCUUCAGUGAUGUUUGACAAGCCUUCACAGGUUGAGUACUACAACCGUUGGACCAGUAGAGUUCUAGAGCAACUCGAGAAAUAA